AUGGACCCGUGGUGCGCAAUGGAGUCGCCCAAGGUGGCGCCCGCGAACAAAGGCCCCGCUGCAACGACUCUCGCACCGCGUGUCCGACGCACCUUGCCCCUCCUUGGCAGCGUCGCAUGCUUUCGAACGCUGCCACAACUGGCCGUCUACACCGAGAAGCACCAAGCGCUGGCGUUUCUCGAUACGUGUCUUCGCGGUGUCGGUCAAUGCAACUUUCAAAACUCACCGCUCUCGGGGCUUCUCUUCCUCGUCGCGCUCGGCCUGUCGACCCAAGGGCUGCGCAUGGUUGCCUUUGCACUGCUCGGCGUUGUGUCAGCGACAGCCUUCUCGUGCCUCAUGGGCCUGGACCGAAGUUUGCGCGCCGCCGGUCUCCACGGGUACAACGCGACGCUGGUCGGGUGUGCGGUGCACACGUUCUUCACGGGUGAUGCGUACGGCGUAGCGAGCCUCGUCAUUGUACUCCUAUCAAUUCUCAGCGUGCUCUUGGCGACGGCGACGGCUUCGGCACUGCCGCCCGGCCUUCCAACCCUCACGUUUCCCUUUCAAGUGUCGAUCUGGAUCUACGCGCUCUCGACGCAGCUCUACCCGAGUCUUCAAACCAUGGCGUUUCCAGCACCCCGCCUCGUGCUCAACUCGACGCUCUCGACUGCGUCCUACGACUCGGCUGCGAUCGCCCAAGCCGUUUUCUCUGGGAUUGCCGAGACCUUCCUCGUCGGCGACUGGUUCCCGGGUUCGCUGCGCUCCUCGCGUCAACGGCCGUGA